UCUUCUCCUUUUCUUUCUCGGUUGAGAAGGAUAAUAACAAUCUCACAAAAGCCAAAUCCAAUUCUAAAACCACCCAUCCCUCCCUCCCAAGCACGCUUCCUUCUCUUUUCUCUUCUCUUGUUUCGUAAUCUAAUGCUUAAAUCGAAGCCGCCCGCUACAUCUUCUUCUUGAUUCUUUUUUCUCUUAUUGGGGAAUUGGAUAAGUGAUUUUGAGAAGAAGAUUAUAGGGGAAGAAAACCAGGUCAAUUCAAGAGAGAGAUAGAGAAGGAGCUAUUCAUGGAUUCCACGACUACAGCCACUACAACAGUUUUCAAUGAUAAAGAGUCAAUGGUGGAUCCAUUUUUGGUCGAGGCUCUUCAGAACCCUCGUCAUCGUCUCACCAUUCUGCGGAUGGAACUUGAUAUCCAGAGAUUUUUGCAAAAUCCUGAUCAGCAGCAUUUUGAGUUCCAGCAUUUUCCUACUUCUUAUCUUCGACUAGCUGCACACCGUGUUUCUCAACACUAUGGGCUGGUAACCAUGGUCCAGGAGAAUGGAUUAGAUGGGUCAGGUAAUAGAAUUCUGGUGAGGAAAACGGCAGAAAGCAAAUAUCCAGCUGUUCAUUUAUCUGAAAUUCCUGCUAAACAGUCCGAGGAAAGUGAUAAGAUUGAUCAGAUUAAAAUUGUCAUUAGGCCUAGGCCCAACAGAGGAUCUAUUAAUGAAGCUAAAGAAUUUGGGGUCAAACGAAGUCCUGUCAGAAGUGUUGAAGAGAGGAAGGAGGAGUAUGACAGGGCACGUGCCCGCAUAUUUAGUAGUCCUGACUCAGAGGAUACUUUGUCUCAGAUUCCUAAUGAUGGGAAAGCUAUGGUCUUGAGCAGAGAUGAGAAUGAAGUUAGCAGAAAUUCUGUUAUUGAGACAGAAAAGAUUGGUAGCAUCAGAGAUGCUAGUUCUUCUCGAGUUGCUAUAUUCAGGGAUAGGGAGAAGGAUCGUACAGAUCCUGAUUAUGAUCGGAGUUAUGAUAGGUAUGUUAGGAGCCUUCCAGCUAAUCAGGGCUUUGGCUUGGCACCCUUCAACAUGCAGAAAGUUCAACUUCCAUUCAUACAGUAUGACUCCUGUUUUCCCCAGUUGGGUCAGAUCCCUAGGACUCAAGCUUCCCUAAAUUAUAGGCCUCCAGCAAACCCUAUUAUGAGCCCCUAUUGUGCCCCAAGACAACAAACGUCUAUGGAAGCUGCAUAUGUACAAUGGCCAAGUGCUGCAAUGAUGUAUGCAAAUUCAUAUGAGCAGUUUAGACAUGCUGUUUUUCAGCCUCCCUUCUGUCAGCAGCCUCUGAGCUUUGAUUACGCACAAAACGGUUGACAGUUAGGUCAGGAAUGAAUGUAUCACAGAUUCAUAUGCCGUUUUCUCGUUACCUUUUAGGAGAUGUUGUUUGUAGUUUUUAUUUCCCCAAGACUUGACCUUUAUAGACCUUCGUUUCCAGUUUCUCUAAUGAACUGUUUCUGUGGAUUUUGAUAUCAGCAAGGACUGUAAUGAAUACUGCGUCAUUUUCCAA